AUGGAGGUGUGUAAAACAGUAGAUUUAGCCUUGGAAUCUAAUCCAUCUGAUCAUCCCAGAGCAAGCACAAUUUUCCUAAGCAAGUCUCAAACAGAUGUGCGAGAGAAGAGGAAGAGUAACCACAUCAAUCAUGUGUCUCCUGGGCAGCUUACGAAAAAAUACAGCUCAUGCUCAACAAUAUUUAUAGAUGACAGCACCGUCAGUCAACCUAACCUUAGAAGCACAAUAAAGUGUGUAACAUUAGCAAUAUUCUACCAUAUAAAGAACAGAGAUUCCGACAGAUCAUUGGAUAUUUUUGAUGAAAAAUCUCAUCCUCUCACACGGGAAGAAGUUCCAGAUGACUACUACAAACAUGACCCUGAUCACAAGCACAUCUACCGUUUUGUUCGGACACUUUUCAGUGCUGCACAGCUGACAGCUGAAUGUGCAAUAGUGACACUGGUUUAUUUGGAAAGGCUUUUAACCUAUGCAGAGAUUGACAUAUGCCCUAGUAACUGGAAGAGGAUAGUCCUAGGAGCUAUUCUGCUGGCUUCUAAAGUCUGGGAUGAUCAGGCUGUGUGGAAUGUGGAUUAUUGCCAAAUAUUGAAGGACAUUACUGUUGAGGACAUGAAUGAGAUGGAAAGACACUUCUUGGAGCUACUGCAGUUUAAUAUCAAUGUUCCUGCCAGUGUUUACGCCAAAUACUACUUCGAUCUUCGCUCCCUAGCAGAUGACAAUAACCUGAGCUUUCUGCUGGAGCCUCUCAGUAAAGAGCGAGCACAGAAACUGGAGGCUAUCUCCCGGCUGUGUGAAGACAAAUACAAAGACUUGUCAAAAGCUGCUAUGAGACGAUCUUUCAGUGCUGAUAACUUAGUUGGUAUCCGCCGUUCUAAUGCCAUCCUCUCCUGAGGAGAGAGAAAGGUGCAGCACCAUGAACCAGCGUCCAUAUGAAUUGGAGGAAUACCACCACUCCAUGCACACAAGCCAGCGGUGAUGGUGUCUUCCAGCAAGAGAAGGAGAGGAGGGUAAACUAGCCGAGGGAGCCCAGAGCUUGAGGAGUGUACUUGGUGCAAAAGACAAGACCUUUGUCAAAUCAACUCUUUCCUCCUUCUGAUGUAUCCAGAGGUGCAAAAACAAACUUCUCUCCUUCUCUCCCCCACAGAUGUUUGCUUACUAUGUAGGCCUAUAGCUGUGAACUCUUGAGGUUUUUAAUAAGUAGUUUUAAAUUUUAGAAUUUAAACACUAACCACAUGACUAUAGUUACAACAUUCUUCCCUUCUCUCCCCUGUUAUCCAGAGUCUCGCUGCAUUUGUAUUUCAGGUCAAUGCAGUGUUAACAAAAACAAAACAAAACAUGGGACUCUCUUAAAGUAUAAAAGCCACUCUGGAGCUGAAAACAGUAGCAUAGACACAUGUUGACGGCUUUUCCCUGGUUUGGCUACUAAAAGCUGCUAUUGUUGGUGAUCUGUUCAUAACCAAGAAGCUGCCGAGCAGGAAGGAAUUCCAACUCUGCACCCACAACUUCACUCCAGUAGAGAUUGUCAAAAGACUUUGAAUGUUUUGACUGGGGCAGAGAUAUGGUUUUAUGUAUUGUUAAAAUGUAUAGGGUCCAUGCUGCAUUUCUUGUGAAUUAUGGUGCUUCUCUCAUUUUCUAAUACUUGUAUCGCUCUGGAAGAGACGCAAUCUGUAUAUUUUUCUGAGGCAAUGAAUGAGAAAGUUGGUCUGGAAACAUCAUCACCAUCCCAAACAGUGUAGCAAUCCAGUGGUGAAUGGCAUGUGUGCAGCACUGCUUCUCUGAGUUCUACUGCAGAUCUCUUGUGCUAUAUACAGUGGAGUUCCUAAAGCUGAUAUUGUACAUCCAUCUGGCUCUCCUUGGGUUUUUGUUGCCUGGGAGGGAUUUACAUUCAUAAUGAGACAGUAAUGAGUUUGAGAAUCCUGGACUACCUAACAAGGUAGAUUGAAAAAUAUUGUGUUCAAUUGAGAAUUAUCAAAAAGCUUUCUAUAAACCCCC